AUGCCCCCCGAUUACAUCUCUGCCACGCGCAGUCGUCUCGGGCGAUUUGUCCGACCCAAGCAGAUCGUGGAAAAGGAAGGUGAAGGGGGCGAGGAGGACACGGUGCGCGCCGUGGGCCUACUGCAGGAGUACCACGCGCGACUGGCCGCGUCGCCGGGGACGCACGGCUGCGUGGAGCCAUCGAGCGUGUCGUCACCAUCCUGGGCAGCAGCCUGUUCCAGUCGCUCCUCGACGUGCGAGAAUUCUACGAGGCCCUUCUCCUCGACGGCUGCGCCGGGACGCCCGCUGGCACCGGCGCCGGCAUCACCACCGGCGGCGGCAUCACCGAUGGCGGCUACUCCCCGGCACCGACCGGGCCGCCGGGCAUCGGCGAAGUGCGUCCGUGGAUCGUCACCUCUCCACCGUCACCCGAAGCGACGGUGUCACCGGGACCACCUCCGGUCAAUGUCGCCGCUACCAACGUCACGGCCGCCACCGCCGCCGCCACCACCACGGCCGUCGUGACGCCCGCGCCGGUUCACUCACCGCCUGGGUACCGAUCCCCGGUGACGCUGGUGCCACGCAGCCCCGCACGGCUA